UCGUUAAACAUCGAUAAUAAUUUAUUAAACAAAACGAAAUACGACUUAUACUUAUUGUAUUACUGAAUCGAUUUUCUAGUGAAAUGUAAUCGUCUCAAUUCUGUGUUUCAAAUUUUUGUACGUGUAACUCUAUGGCUCCUAAACGAAAAAUUAACGAUGAGCAUCGUAUUUUUAAAGAAGAUUGGACCGAACUUUUCUUUUUUAUCGAACACGGUGAUUGAAAUUAAAGAAGACGAGAAAAUAGUACUAGAAGAAGGACAGAUCAAAAUAAAUGAUAAUAAGAUGUUGAAUUCAUAUGAAUUCAUUUAUGAUAUUCUUAUAGACUUUUAUUUAAAUGAUUGGUAUACUAAAAAAUUAAGUGAAGAAGAUAGAGAACGAACGUAUGUAUUUAGUACACACUUUUAUUAUACUACUCUGGCGAAAUCAUUUAAUGCCUCUGUUUAUCCAGCACACUACACAGCAUCACAGAUAAGACACGGAAAAGUAAAAAGAUGGAAAAAAAAUGUAGACAUAUUCCAGAAAGAUUUUGUUUUUAUACCUGUGAAUGAAAAUGAACAUUGGUUUUUAGCAGUAAUUUGUUUUCCGUACCUAUCAGGUAAAGUUAAUAUGAGAGAUGGAACUCCAGUAAAUGAACCUGAUGAUGAUGCUGGUGGAUAUCGGGGCCACGCAUUACAUAUUCUGCUGUUCAUGAUCGUAGUGAAGCUGACCCUAAUGAUGAAGAUCUUCGUUUGUUUGAUAUGGCAUCAAGAGCCUUGCAUUUUAGUGUUGGAUUCCUAUUCUGGUGGUGUUGACCGUGCCAGAAUCACAGCUACACUACGUGGUUGGUUAGAACAAGAAUAUUUUGUUAAGCAUCCAGGACAAAUAAAAGAUUUUAGUCCUGAAGCUAUAAAAGGAGCUGCACUUAGGGUACCUCAACAACCGAAUUAUACAGAUUGUGGCCUUUUUAUGAUUCAUUUUGUUGAAAUGUUUUUUAAAAGGCCGAUUAUGGAUUACACUUUUCCGAUUCGUCAUUUAGAAAACUGGUUUUCUGUUGAUGAAGUUGUUGUGAACUGCCGAAAAAGAAAAGAAUUACAAUAUGUUAUACUUAAUAAGAUGGAAGAGAAACGAUCUACUAUGCCCGAAGAAAUAGAAUUGCCAAUUCUUGAUAUAGAUUACAUGUUAUAAAUAAUUUCAUUAACCCGUUUGACGUUAUUUAAAAUUGUAAAAAUUACCGAGAUUUGUUAUUUAAAAAUACAUUUUAGGUUUAUCAAUGGUCAUUUCAAUUCAUCUACUUUAAAAUCAGUUUUUAAAAUGUAUUAUAUUUGCCUAUUUUAAAUUUGAUAUCCUUAUUUGGUUAUAGAAUUUGUUUUGAUAAUAAUGUUAUGUAUAUAAAAAUCCAUGUGUAUUAAAAGCUUAAAGUUUAUAUUUCAAUAUGCUGUUGUCAUUGUUGUAAUGUAUAAUGCUUACGGUUUUUAUGGU